AACUUUUAGUGUGCGCCGACCAGUUUAGGUAGACGGCCACAAAUCGGUUGACGUAUUUUUUUGAUAUCUGUCGUCGUUUUCGAAAAAUUUAAAAAAAAUAUUGUGUUUUGUUUAAAAUAGUUUUUGCCAAAAAAUUAAUUCAAAAUUUUUAUUAUUUCGGUUAAAAAAUAUUGUUUUCAAACAAAAAUAUUUAAAAAACAAAACAAGACCGUGGCAAACUUUGGUGUGAAAACAUCUGCAAUCUUUGCAUAAAAAACCUGUGCUUAAUCUUCUAUUCGUAUACCUACUUUUUUAUAUCUACUUACUUUUAUUAUAAACACCUUGUGACUAUUUCUUCAACACACUUAAAAUACUUUUAAACUAUUUGUCAUGAAAAUGAAACAAAAAUAAAAACAAUCUGUUGUAUUUGAUUGUUUGUAUCUAUGUGAAUAUAAAUACAAAAAUAACCAAAACAAAUGUAUCUUUACCUUCUUCUUGUCUCUGAUGUGGUUGGGUAUUGGUUUUGAAUUAUUUUAUUUUUCCGCUUCUACCAUUCAUCGCUCGCUUGCAUCGCUCGCUUGUGGCCAUAAGCAAUCAUAAUUUGUCGGUGCGCGCCGUGGCGCCUUUAAGGUGUUUCAACGUAUAAGAGAAAGUGAAUUUGUAUAGUAAAAUGUUUUAAGAAUUACAACUAAAAAAAACUAUCUGCUAUCUAUCAAAUCGUUUCAAACUUCUAUUUUCAUAUAAAUAAUUGUGACUUCAAUCAUAAGACAUAUAAUUCAAACUAACGAUUUUUAUGUUUUUGUUUCUUUUGUUUUUUUUUUUUUAAACCAACAAUCAACAAUCUCACCAACCAACAACAAACAACGAUUCGCAAUCUAUCUAUCAUAAAAUUCUCAUCGCAUUCGCAUAAAGAUAGAUACGAAAAAAUUACAAAUACGCCUGCUGAGAGUUUCGUAAUAGAUUCGCAAUUAUUUUGUGCAUUUUGUUAACGCUGCUAACGCAUAUCAACGCAACUUCAGAAAAUAACUCCCCUCAAUCAUCAUCGUCACUAACUAACGUCGACCAACGAAAAAAAGGUCAUCAUCAUCAUCAGCAGCCGAUCAAUUCAAACAUCUCAAAUCCUGAAGAUACAUUUUUUUCAAAAAAGAAACAUCUGUUGGCCAACAUUGAUUAUAUUUUUGUUGUUGCUUUGUAUCUUUUUUUUAUGGUGUGGUGAAUUUAAAAGAAAAAAUAAAAAUAUCGAAUUCGCAAUCGUGUCGUGGUCAGCUAGUAUUAUGUGAAUUUCGUUGAAAUAAUAAAAGAAAUAAUAAUAAUCAAAGAAUACACGGGAUAGCAAAAGAAAAGAUAUAAAAAAAGUAUAUUUUUGUUCAGUCGGAAAGAAAAGAAAAAUUUAUUAUAAAAUUAAAUUUUUAUAUAUUCAAAGUGAAUUUCGCGAUUUCAAGUUUGUUGUGUCUUAACAAUACUUUAUAAAGCUCUAUACUCGUUUAUAUACUCGUAGAUACCAUAAUCUUAAAUCUUUUUGUUUUAAUAUUUUUUGUUUAAAAAAUUUAGUGUGUGUUGUUUGCUUCAUCACCAUCAUAUAUCGGCACGUCAUCUUUUUGUGGAAUUAUAUAUCUACAAUUUAGUAUCUGUGUUGAUUGACCAGUUCGAAUCUUAUUGAUACAACUUUUAUAUGGGAUUAUUGCUGAAAUAUAUUCAAGAUCGAAUUGUUGAUUAUAAAAUCGAAGAAGAAAACAUUUUAAAAAACAUAGCGAUUCAUUAAUAUUCUUCAAAAUGACACAAAUAACUGGAUUAAUUUUGACAUUAUGGUCAAUUUACUCAACAUGCAUUGCAAUGCCAGAUGUUCACACAAAAAUGUCACCUGAGCAACUACAAUCCGUGUUCCACGUGGAGGACAUAGCCUCAGUGCCGAACUAUGAACUCGUCCAGCUCGAACAUCUCGGUACAGAACACAAUGGUGAAUUAUUAUUCCGCCGUCGAAGGAGCGUUGACAAUAAUAUGUUCGGUGGUGCCCAAAACGGAAAAGAAGCUCACCACGUCAAAAAGGACCUUAGUAAAAGUCCCUACUACAGUGAAUUGAAACUUCAAGCUCACCAAUCGGAUGGUGGGGGAGCGAGUGCGAACAGCAUUAGUGAUCAAAGUUAUAGUGAGAAAUUAAAAAAUCUAGAUUUAAGUGGAAUUAAGGAGCACAAUGUGUCCCUAAGUGCAUUCGGUGAAGUGUUAAAUCUAACGUUGCGACCAACCGAUGGUCUCUUCAAAAACGGUCCCGAAUCGCUGCGUAUGUUUACAAUUCGCAGCGAACCAAAUGCCACACAUGGUCUUGCCCUGGAGGAGGUUCAGAAUGAGGACAAGUCAUUGUCGGCGGAGGAAGUCGGACAAGUGUUCCAGGACGAAGAGAAUAUGGCAGCAAUUUUAAUGCGGCGUCAUUUGCAAAGUGGUGAUCUUGUUAUGGAGGGAAGCAUAGGACAUGAAAUGGUGAUAAAACCACUGCCAGAUGAAUUAAAUACUGACCAAGAUAAGCCUCAUCAUGUGAUAUUUAAGAGAGAAGCUCAACCAUUGGAGCAUAUGAGUGAUUUUGCAUUCAUGGAACCUGAUGACAUUGAAACCAGUGAAAAACAAAAAUCAUCAUCAGCAGCAGCAGCAUCCGCUUCCCAUUCGAAUAGUAAAAGAACAAAGCGAUUUGCCGGCGGUAGAUUUAGAAGAACCCAACAACAACAAUACUCAAGUCGAGUUAAACGUGAAGCACCUUAUAUGAUCUAUCCAGAAAUUUUAGUUAUUGUUGACUACGAUGGCUAUAGACUGCAUGGCGGUGAUAAUUUACAGGUGAAACGUUACUUUAUCUCAUUUUGGAAUGGUGUGGAUCUGCGAUAUCGCUUACUUAAAGGACCAAGAAUUCGCAUAAGCAUUGCUGGUAUUAUCAUUUCUAGGGGAAGAGAUGCAACUCCAUAUCUGGAAAGGAAUCGUGUCGGCAGAGAUGCCAUCGACUCAGCAGCCGCUUUAACCGAUAUGGGUAAAUAUCUGUUCCGGGAACGUAGAUUGCCGGUAUACGACAUUGCAGUGGCGAUAACAAAACUUGAUAUGUGCAGACGAGCAACUCCAUAUGGGGAAUGUAAACGUGGUACAGCAGGAUUUGCAUAUGUUGGAGGAGCAUGCGUGGUCAACAAACGUCUGGAAAAAGUCAACAGUGUCGCUAUCAUUGAGGAUACCGGUGGUUUCAGUGGAAUCAUAGUUGCUGCACAUGAAGUUGGACAUUUAUUGGGAGCAGUACAUGAUGGUUCACCACCACCAAGUUAUCUUGGCGGUCCGGGAGCAGAAAGAUGCCGUUGGGAAGAUGGUUAUAUCAUGUCAGAUUUAAGACACACCGAAAGGGGAUUCAGAUGGUCUCCGUGCACAGUACAAAGUUUUCAUCAUUUCUUGAAUGGGGAUACAGCAAGUUGCUUGCAUAAUGCUCCUCAUGAAGAUAGUGCGCUUGGUCGAUCACUUCCGGGGACUUUACUGUCACUGGACGCACAAUGCCGAAGAGAUCGUGGCACAUAUGCUUGCUUCAAGGACGAACGGGUGUGUGCGCAACUUUUCUGUUUCGACGCACAAACUGGAUAUUGUGUGGCGUAUCGACCGGCAGCGGAAGGUUCAUCGUGCGGUAAUGGAGUGCACUGUCUGGAUGGCAGAUGUACGCCUUUGCCAGCAAAUGUAAUACAGGACUAUAGUAAUCAAUAUCGUGCGGUUUAUAACCACAGUCCUCCACCUCCUCCAAAUUAUAGUUCAACAACAACAACAACAAUGGCAACACCAUCAUCACAAACAUCAACCCCAACACAACUCCAAGGUGGAUCCGAAGAUUUCACGUCAUCAGCGGAGAUCGAUAGCAAUGAAACACUUGACGAACAACAGCACCAUCGAACAUCGACACAACGUAGUUACAUUCUAGGUGGACGUUCAACAACUCGAAGUUCCCUAUUCGAUACGUAUUUCCGAAAACGGCCAAAUGGUAAUGGAAGUAGUACUAAAUACCUAAGUCAACUACAGCCCCAAGCAUCGCCUCCAGCUUAUACAACAAACUAUCUCGGAGACAAUACAAAUAAUCUACCAAUAAAUAUUCCCAGAGAAAGGAGUAGUAGAAGUGGUAGAUCGACAAUUGGAGUUGCCAAUGCCAAUGUCAUGUAAAAUUACGUAUCAUGUAUCUCAUAGAUACACGGAACUUAAAAAAACAAUGCAUAAGUCAUUAAUAAUUCUUUCUAAAACAAACUUUAUCCAUUAAAACGAAAGCAAAAACAAAUCAAUGUCAAAAACGAAAACGUAAACGAAAAAUGAAAUUAACACAGGAGUGUAUGUGUGGUUAACAAGUUUUGGUACUCUUUGGGCUCGGGACUAUCUGCUCUCCAUCUCUGUUUUGCAGUUUCUGGACCCCUUAGAAAAAGCAAAAGGACUUCAACAAAGUGAAAGCAACACAAUUGCCAUUUUAACAAAAACAACUUAUCACAGAUAAAAUAACAUUGAUAGCUAGAAUUUAUUAUUUUAAUGUAUAAUGUAACUAUUUUAUUUUUAGUUAUUUUGUUUAUUUUAAUUUUUGUAAUUAUACUUUUCAUCGUAGGGUUUUGUUUUAAGAAAAUGACAAAAAUACUGAACUUUUCUUUUUUUUUUCAUUUCAUUGACAUCAAUUCAAUCACACUAAAAUAGUUAAUUUUGACUGCAAGAAAAAAACAAAAAAAAACGCGACAAAUAUUUGCCUAAUACAAAUUUGAUCGCUAAGUAAAAUAAAAAAAAUAAAAUAUUUGUAUAAAAUAUAAACAACGAAGAACAAAAAAAAAACAUUUUGCUGUAUAGAAAGAAAGAAAAAUUGUAUAUGUGAUAGCAUUAAUUUUAUUUAAUCCUAAAUAAUAGUUUUUUACUUGUAAAUGAUUUUCUUGUUUUAUUUUUUCAAUAAAUUCUAAGUUAUAAUCUUUCAGGCUUAACUAAAUUCAAAAAAACACACAAAACAAUUUAAUUCCGAAAGUAAAAUGUUCACAGUAUUAAGUUUGGAACAUUCACAAGAAAAUAGAAUUAAAAACACUAAAUUCAAAUUUAAAAAAUUCAAAAUCACAAAAUAUAUUUAAACUGAACAUUAUUUGUAAAAAUUAUUCUCUAACUUAAGUUAAUAGAAAACCCACAAUUUAAUUUAGUUUAAUUUUUUUUUGUUUAUAAAUUAAGACUUAGAAAAUAGAUUUAUAUAUAAAUUAAAAAGAAAAAAAUAGAUUAUUUAUAAGUGGUAUAUAGAAACAAAAACUGAAAAAUUUUAAUUAGUUAUAAGCUGUUCUAUUUGUUUAAACAAAAGGACGUCAUUUGCAUUUGACGAUUAUAAAGAAAUAUAUACAUAGGUAUAUGUAUGUUUAUGCAUACAUAUUUUUAAAAUGUACAGAAGAAUAAAAGUAAAUUCUUUAUUAAGAUUUCAUAAUGCAAAAUUUUGCACACUCAAAAAUUCUCUCAUACAAAACUGCCGUCCAUUUUAGUUUAAAAUAAAUUGCGAACAAAAAAGAGAAAAAGAUUAUAAAAGCAACAACAACAAAUUUGUAUUUGUAUUUGUAUAAUGUGCUCAAUCGUAAAUACACUUUAUUUUUAUAAACAUUAAUUUAAAA